AUGUGGGUAAAAGUCCAACGGCACCCACUAUGUGCAGAUAGUAGCUUGUAUCCAGCCCACAGCCACAUUAGUGGGACUAACAAUGGGAAUCAAAGGACAUUUCGGCCCAAAAAAAGUGCACCAUCGGGGAGUAAGGGGGCACAGCUAAGAAAGCACAUUGAUGCCACUUUAGGUAGUGGAAACCUGAGAGAAGCUGUAAGGCUUCCCCCUGGGGAGGACAUACAUGAAUGGCUUGCUGUCAACACUGUGGAUUUCUUCAACCAGGUGAAUCUCCUCUAUGGCACCCUCACAGAGUUCUGUACGCCAGAGAACUGCCCCACGAUGACUGCAGGCCCUAAGUAUGAGUAUAGAUGGGCCGAUGGUGUACAAAUCAAGAAACCCAUAGAAGUUUCGGCUCCAAAAUAUGUGGAGUAUUUGAUGGACUGGAUUGAAUCUCAGUUGGAUGAUGAAUCCUUAUUUCCUCAAAGGCUGGGUGCACCAUUUCCUCCCAACUUCAGAGACGUUGUGAAAACAAUAUUCAAACGUCUGUUCCGUGUAUAUGCUCAUAUUUAUCACUCCCACUUUCAGAAGAUUGUGAGUCUUAAGGAGGAGGCUCAUCUAAAUACCUGCUUCAAGCAUUUUAUACUUUUUACCUGUGAGUUUGGACUGAUUGACAAGAAGGAGCUAGCUCCACUUCAAGAGCUUAUAGAAUCCAUUGUUGUUCCAUACUGAAUAGGUUUGCAUUUACUUAUACGAGCUGACUUUAUCUACGGACCCAAUAAGGUGAUGCAAGAAUAUUUUUAUUUGGUGUUCUAAGUAUGCAUACUGAUUUGAUGACAUUGCUUGAUGUUAUAAAUACUGUGUAUAAACUGAAUGUUUUUAAUUUGUCAAAAUGGUUGCACGGUAAAAAAGCCUUUGUAUCGGAAGACUUCUGGCAAAGGAAUGAAUAAUCAGC